AUGUUUGGAGGAACUGCACAAUGGGGCGCCACGCCUUUCCGAAACCGAACCCAGAAGUUUCAGGACUACUACCGAUGUUACCCCAUCGCCAUGAUGCCCGGUAAGGACCGAGAGUCUGCCAACUACGGUGGCAAGAUCUUUUUGCCUCCCUCGGCACUUUCCAAGCUCAGUAUGCUGCACAUUUCGUACCCGAUGUUGUUCCAGCUCAAAAGCGAGGAGAACGACAAUGUGACGUACGGUGGCGUUUUGGAGUUCAUUGCCGAGGAGGGCCGCGUCUACUUGCCCCAAUGGAUCAUUGAGACUCUGGAUGUGGGUCCUGGAUCUCUGCUGGAAAUUUCGUCUUGUGAUUUGCCACUGGGUAAGUUUGUCAAGUUUGAACCCCAGAGCGUUGAUUUUCUGGACAUUUCCGACCCCCGAGCAGUGCUGGAGAGAUCAUUCCAGAACUUCUCGACCCUCACAGUCGGAGACGUGUUCAAGUUCAGCUACAACGACAAGACAUAUGGAAUGAAGGUGCUGGAGGUCAAGCCCGACCUGGAGGACAAGCACUCGGUGUGCUGUGUGGAGACGGACAUUGAGGUUGACUUUGCGCCUCCGGUGGGCUACGUGGAUCCCUCCACCCAGAGUGACUCCAAUUACGGAAGAGCCAUCAAGACACCUGGUACCAGUGGAUCUUCUACUCCUGCACCAAUGGCAGCCGCGGGAACCAUGGCCCAGUCUAUUGGUUAUUCGAAGCUCGCCCAACAGACCAUUAAGUCUGCUUCUAAAAACACCUUUUCCGGUGGCGGCCAGAAGCUGUCUGGAAAAGCCGUCAAGCCUGAAGAAGAGGCCUCCCUCGACGAGCACUUCAAGGAGCUCGUGGGUCUGGGAUCAACAGACACAGACGCGAACCCCCAGCCUUUACGUCUCCCUUUUGGGCAGCUAUUCUUUGGUUUCCCCCUAGUGCCUGUCAAGCCUUCUGAAGACGAAGAGACACAGACCGAGGAGCAGCAGCAACAGCCCCACUUUUCGGGCACAGGCCAGAGUCUGCGAGAAAGUCGAAAACGCAAGGAGCGCAACUCGUCGGCUGGAGCUGCGGGAGGAACCCCCAAGAAGCCCACCAGUCCCGAAAUGGUGGUCAUUGAUUAA